GGGCGGCAGCCUCUCUGCAUAGGCAACGAGUGCGGGCCGGGGGUGAGCGUCCCAGGCGGUUCCGCUCAACAGACGCUGCUGUGGCGGCGCCGGGCUGCGACACUGCAGUUGUCGACGCGGCCGGGGCCGGGACGAGGAGGCGUUGGACGGGGUCGCAGACGUUCGUCCCCUCGCAUUGCGGCCCCGACAGCUGCGCCAGGAACCCCGGGCGGCGGCGCGGGGCGUGAACGCUCUGGGGCUCAGCCAGGCCUGCGCGGCCCCGAGGCCGGAGGAACCCGGACUCCGGCGUAGCGGUUUUGACACAAGGGCGCAUAUCUUCAAAGCACCUAGUACCUCCUACCAUUGUCAACUGAUACAGAAUUCGUUGUUGGGAAGGACUGGGGGAACAGCUGUAACAUUUGCCACCCUCAGAAGCUGCUGGUCCUGUGUCACACCACGUUAGCCUCUUGAUCGAGGAAGAUUCUCGCUGAAGUCUGUUAAUUCUACUUUUUGAGUACUUAUGAAUAACCACGUGUCUUCAAAACCAUCUACCAUGAAGCUAAAACAUACCAUCAACCCUAUUCUUUUAUAUUUUAUACAUUUUCUAAUAUCACUUUAUACUAUUUUAACAUACAUUCCGUUUUAUUUUUUCUCCGAGUCAAGACAAGAAAAAUCAAACCGAAUUAAAGCAAAGCCUGUAAAUUCAAAACCUGAUUCUGCAUACAGAUCUGUUAAUAGUUUGGAUGGUUUGGCUUCAGUAUUAUACCCUGGAUGUGAUACUUUAGAUAAAGUUUUUACAUAUGCAAAAAACAAAUUUAAGAACAAAAGACUCUUGGGAACACGUGAAGUUUUAAAUGAGGAAGAUGAAGUACAACCAAAUGGAAAAAUUUUUAAAAAGGUUAUUCUUGGACAGUAUAAUUGGCUUUCCUAUGAAGAUGUCUUUGUUCGAGCCUUUAAUUUUGGAAAUGGAUUACAGAUGUUGGGUCAGAAACCAAAGACCAACAUCGCCAUCUUCUGUGAGACCAGGGCCGAGUGGAUGAUAGCUGCACAGGCGUGUUUUAUGUAUAAUUUUCAGCUUGUUACAUUAUAUGCUACUCUAGGAGGUCCAGCCAUUGUUCAUGCAUUAAAUGAAACAGAGGUGACCAACAUCAUUACUAGUAAAGAACUCUUACAAACAAAGUUGAAGGAUAUAGUUUCUUUGGUCCCACGCCUGCGGCACAUCAUCACUGUUGAUGGGAAGCCACCGACCUGGUCCGAGUUCCCCAAGGGCAUCAUUGUGCAUACCAUGGCUGCAGUGGAGGCCCUGGGAGCCAAGGCCAGCAUGGAAAACCAACCUCAUAGCAAACCAUUGCCCUCAGAUAUUGCAGUAAUCAUGUACACAAGUGGAUCCACAGGACUUCCAAAGGGAGUCAUGAUCUCACAUAGUAACAUUAUUGCUGGUAUAACUGGGAUGGCAGAAAGGAUUCCAGAACUGGGAGAGGAAGAUGUCUACAUUGGAUAUUUGCCUCUGGCCCAUGUUCUAGAAUUAAGUGCUGAGCUUGUCUGUCUUUCUCACGGAUGCCGCAUUGGUUACUCUUCACCACAGACUUUAGCAGAUCAGUCUUCAAAAAUUAAAAAAGGAAGCAAAGGGGAUACAUCCAUGUUGAAACCAACACUGAUGGCAGCAGUUCCGGAAAUCAUGGAUCGGAUCUACAAAAAUGUCAUGAAUAAAGUCAGUGAAAUGAGUAGUUUUCAACGUAAUCUGUUUAUUCUGGCCUAUAAUUACAAAAUGGAACAGAUUUCAAAAGGACGUAAUACUCCACUGUGCGACAGCUUUGUUUUCCGGAAAGUUCGAAGCUUGCUAGGGGGAAAUAUUCGUCUCCUGUUGUGUGGUGGCGCUCCACUUUCUGCAACCACGCAGCGAUUCAUGAACAUCUGUUUCUGCUGUCCUGUUGGUCAGGGAUACGGACUCACUGAAUCUGCUGGGGCUGGAACAAUUUCCGAAGUGUGGGACUACAAUACUGGCAGAGUGGGAGCACCAUUAGUUUGCUGUGAAAUCAAAUUAAAAAACUGGGAGGAAGGUGGAUACUUUAAUACUGAUAAACCACACCCCAGGGGUGAAAUUCUUAUUGGGGGCCAAAGUGUGACAAUGGGGUACUACAAAAAUGAAGCAAAAACAAAAGCUGAUUUCUUUGAAGAUGAAAAUGGACAAAGGUGGCUCUGUACUGGGGAUAUUGGAGAGUUUGAACCCGAUGGAUGCUUAAAGAUUAUUGAUCGUAAAAAGGACCUUGUAAAACUACAGGCAGGGGAAUAUGUUUCUCUUGGGAAAGUAGAGGCAGCUUUGAAGAAUCUUCCACUAGUAGAUAACAUUUGUGCAUAUGCAAACAGUUAUCAUUCUUAUGUCAUUGGAUUUGUUGUGCCAAAUCAAAAGGAACUAACUGAACUAGCUCGAAAGAAAGGACUUAAAGGGACUUGGGAGGAGCUGUGUAACAGUUGUGAAAUGGAAAAUGAGGUACUUAAAGUGCUUUCCGAAGCUGCUAUUUCAGCAAGUCUGGAAAAGUUUGAAAUUCCAGUAAAAAUUCGUUUGAGUCCUGAACCGUGGACCCCUGAAACUGGUCUGGUGACAGAUGCCUUCAAGCUGAAACGCAAAGAGCUUAAAACACAUUACCAGGCGGACAUUGAGCGAAUGUAUGGAAGAAAAUAAUUAUUCUCUUCUGGCAUCAGUUUGCUACAGUGAGCUCAGAUCAAAUAGGAAAAUACUUGAAAUGCAUGUCUCAAGCUGCAAGGCAAACUCCAUUCCUCAUAUUAAACUAUUACUUCUCAUGACGUCACCAUUUUUAACUGACAGGAUUAGUAAAACAUUAAGACAGCAAACUUGUGUCUGUCUCUUCUUUCAUUUUCCCCGCCGCCAACUUACUUUACCACCUAUGACUGUACUUGUCAGUAUGAGAAUUUUUCUGAAUCAUAUUGGGGAAGCAGUGAUUUUAAAACCUCAAGUUUUUAAACAUGAUUUAUAUGUUCUGUAUAAUGUUCAGUUUGUAACUUUUUAAAAGUUUGGAUGUAUAGAGGGAUAAAUAGGAAAUAUAAGAAUUGGUUAUUUGGGGGCUUUUUUACUUACUGUAUUUAAAAAUACAAGGGUAUUGAUAUGAAAUUAUGUAAAUUUCAAAUGCUUAUGAAUCAAAUCAUUGUUGAACAAAAGAUUUGUUGCUGUGUAAUUAUUGUCUUGUAUGCAUUUGAGAGAAAUAAAUAUACCCAUACUUAUGUUUUAAGAAA